AUGGAACGAGAUUUGCCCGACGACCGCCAGCGGUGUGGAGAGGUACCACAAGGAGAUUUGUGCGGAGCUCUCCACCGCGUUCGAGGACAGCGUCUCGCGGGCGGAGAAGGUGAACAUGGCCAAAGCUGUUUCUGCGCUCUGCACGCAGCUGGAGAAGAUACAGCCGCGGCGAAAAUGGGUCGAGAGUGCCCCGGUCGCUGGGCUGCACGGCGCCGUCUUGGCCGCGGUGGGAUCUUUGCCCGUCUUCGACGGUUCCGGGGAACUGGUGCGGGCGCUCGCGGACCUUGUUUCGUUGAUGCACCGUCGCGAGCGCGGCGAGGCUGGGAGCGAUGUCGACGACGUGGCUGUGGGCCUCCCGGUCAUCAAGGGCUUUUGCUCCAAGGGUUCCCUGUCGGACCGUGCCGUGGCCGUCAAGGCGCUGAUGCAGGUCACGUCCGCGGUGCGCCUCUGGGGGCCGCUGGAGGACUCGAGGACGUAGCGAAGCUCUACGAGGCAGCGAGCCAGAGGGUCGACGAGCUGCAGGCGGAAGUCGAGGCGGAGGAGCGCGAGCCAGGCGAGGCCAUGCCCGUGCGCCACCGCGGCAAGGGCCAGAGCCCGGCCGAGGAGUUGCUGGGGGGCGCGCUGGACCUGUGGGCAGCCACCUUGCAGCAGUGCCGCCGGGAGGUGGACGACGAGGGCGACCUGGAGCCGCCCGAGUCGGCCGAGCUCGGCGCCUUCGCAUCAGCCGGGCUGGCCGAGUUCCACGCAGGCUCGCUCUUCCUGCGGGUCACGAUCGUGAGACUAUGGAGGCAUGUCUUCCAGCACCUCGCGCAGGAGCGCAUCGCGCUCUGCGACUGCCUGGACGCGGGCGCGCGCGCGCGGGUCAUCGCGGCGACCCAGGGUGCGUCCCUGGACCAGCGCUCAGAGAGGCUUCGGCGGCCCGCGCUGGAGCUCGCCGCCGCGCUGGCCAGGGACGCGGCGCCCCGGGGCGGCCGGGAGGCCCUGCGGCAAGGCUGCGGCGACGACGUGGCCGAGGCGCGCGGCGGCGACGCGAUGGAGGGGCGGGAGGGCGUGCGGGAGCCCCAGGUGCCAGUGAAGAACGUCGAAAACCCAUAA